AAAAGCUGCGGCGGUCGCGCGUCGAAAUCUCGCGCUCCGGGGUGCCGUCUCGAGCGGGGCCGCGAUUGCAACUGCUCCCGUUCUGGGUUUUUGUGUUUGCGCCAUGGUUCCGACGGGGUAGGCAACCACAGCGAAAGCCACCAUGGCCAGCCAAGAGGGCGGGGCCAAGACGGACAUGGCGGCCGGGAUCACGGACAACAAGGCCGGGGUCGCAGACCGACCCACCAAAGUAUCUGAAAACUUGCGCAACGAGGAGGCUGCCUACCAGCGCGACAUUCUGGGCAAAAAAGAUGUUGCCGCGCCAAAGACGCCCGAGGAGACCGGCGGCGACAAGCACGAAAUGACCAACCUCCUACAGCGCGAGGAGGCCCGGCUGCAGAAAAUCGGCGCGCACCUCGACAAGCCAGAGAUGCUGGACCAGAAGCUGCGCGAGCAGACCACCGUGAAGGCCGAGUCGGAAUUCGCGUCGACCGUCAACAUGAAGACUGACAUGAACAUGCGCAUGUCCGACGACGUCAGGGGACCCCCGCCGGCCGAGAACGUCGGUCCGCCAAAGCAGCUGGUGGGUAGCGGCGCCGCGCCGCUGCAGCGUCCUUCCAAGGAGAACGCCGUCGCUGGAAAGGCGACCGCCACGUCUUACGCCACGGAUGGCAACUAUCCAAAGACAGACAUGGCGGCCAACAUCACCGACCACCGGUCGCGCCUGGACGAGCUCAGCAAGACUGCGCAGAAGGAGUUGAAGCGCGAAGAAGAGAGCUACGCUCGGGACAUUGGUACCCCCAAGAAGUCAGGGCGUGCGUCAAUGCAGCAGGGAGGACGCGUGUCGAUGCAGCAGGGAGGACGUGCGUCGAUGCAGCAGGGAGGACGUGCGUCGAUGCAGCAGGGAGGGCGGGCGUCGAUGCAGCAGGGAGGGCGUGCGUCGAUGCAGCAGGAAGCGCGUGCGUCGAUGCAGAAGGAAGCUCGAGGCAGCUUGGCUUCGCCAGGCGGCCAGAAAGUCAUGGCGGCUACCAUCUACACUAAGGACGAAGAGUUGUCGACGACAUCGGAGGAGCAGCCGCCUCGUAUGACCUGCUGGCUGAUGCCCGAGAGUGUUCAGCGGGUUAUCGACAGCGGCAUGGAAAAGAUCUAUGGACCGCGACCGAGGCGCCCGUACAGGCCGCCCAUGUUAGAUAUGGAAGUGGAAGAGGACGACUACGACCCGUACUUUAAGGGAACUGAGGCGACCCAGGCUGUGUACAAGCCCGAAGAAGGCCGAGUUAUGUACCCGAGUGAGAAGCGUCGCAAGCCCCGACGCCCAGUGUACCCGGCGGAGGAGGACUUCGACGUCAUGUUUCAGGACGAGCUGGUAAUCGGCGGCGGAAGUCGCAUGAUGUACGACGAUGAAGGCGACGCUGGCUACGCCGACGAGGGGGACAUGUACGAAGAGGAGACAGAGGACGCCUUUUACAUGGAUGACAUGAUGUACCAGGGUGGCCAAGGUAAUCCCAUGAUGUAUCGUCAGCCCAUGGGACAACCAAUGAUGCAGCCAAUGAUUCAGCCCAUGAUGGGACAACCGAUGAUGCAGCCAAUGAUGGGGCCACCCGUGAUGCAGCAGAUGGGACAGCCGAUGAUGCAACCGAUGGGACAGUCCAUGAUGCCACAGAUGGGACCCACUAUGAUGCCUCAGAUGGGUCAGCCCAUGAUGCAGCCACCCAUGAUGCAAGCCAUGCCAGCUCAGCAGUACGGCUACGCCCAGCAGCCGCAGAACAUUGUCAUCAACCAGAAGGAUCAUAUCGAAGUGAGCUCUUCUGACACUGACGUCAACGUAAAAUGGACCAAGCAGUACGCAAUGGGGUUGCCCUCUGACGUAGAUGAACUUAACCGAACCGGUUCUAGCGUCCGAAUCGAUCAACGCGUGAAGAUCAGGGCUCAAAAGUCAUCCACGACGGACUCUGAAGACACAUCGGGAAAAAAAUCAGCCGCUGUCCAGACGGCGCGUAAUGACCCGAUAUCUACGACAUCGCAGACAGAAAGGCCAAUGAAGGAUUCAAAGAGCAUCGAAGCAAAGGUCGACACAGACGACGUAGCCACGCAAAGGAACCGAUAUCCCGAGAGAGCGGCGGACACGCAAACAUUCGGCACGUCACCGUUCGUUCCGGGCGCCGGUAUGCCGUUCAUGUUUCCGCCGGGAAUGAUGAACCCUUUCAUGAUGGGCGCCAUGGGUAUGCCUCAGCCGCAGCCGCCACCGCCGCCUCCACCCGCCCCCGAACCGCCGCCACCGCCGCCGUGCGAGGAGUGCGCGCAGCUCAAGUCCUGCUGCGAGGACGUGCCUUUUGAAGACCUGAAGAAGAACAUAGAAGAGGAUAUCGCCAACAUAGUGAACGAGAACCUGGAAGUAAAGAUUAGUGACGAAGACACCAAGAUACUUGUCGCGCGGCCAGACUCCCCUUACAAGCUAGUCUACCUGAUACCGCAGCGACCGCAAGUCGUCAAGGAAGAAAAGAGCAUCCAGACUGCCAAGCAACCCACGGACAAAAGUAUUCAGACCGAAGGCAAGAAAGGCGCUAAGGGGGCCAAGUCCUUCGAUACCGACGGUGGCGAAGGAGAGCGCGUGAUUAUGGCCUCGUACAACACUCAAGAGCGCCAGAUUAACGGAAAGCGAGUACGAACGACCAAAGCUUUCCGCGUCACGCAGUCCGACGACGAGAACAUCACGGAAGUCCAAGAAUCGUCGAGCAGCUCGGAAAAUGGCAGGUCGCGGUCGAAGCGCAGGUCGCGCUCCAAGAAACGGGCGAAGCGCGCCCGUUCGGACGGCGCCUAUCCGCGCAGUCUGACCAUAUCGGUUGGCCGCACCAGCUCUACCACGAGCCGCAGCCGUUCGCCGGGACUCGGUCGCCGCAGCCGUAGUCCCAGUGCUGGAGCAGCACGGAGUGAGACUCCCAUGCAGGGUCAACGUCAUUCCAGGCAUUGGAAAGAGGCCGCCAGCAGCAGCUCGUGCAGCGUCAGCAGCCAUACAAACGUGUCCGUCAUCUGCCCGGCUUCGAAUCCCGAAGCAGUAAGCUGCACCGCGAGGGCCUACGUCGACACCUCUCCGGCGAGGACUCACUCCCGCGUUCCAUCUCGCAAACACGCUGCGCAAGGUGAUGACUCGACGCACGUGUCGACUCGCUGCACCGUUGUGACGUCGGACACGAACCUUACAGCCCGGACUAUGCAGGGCGUCCCCGAGCUGCCGGCCGAUGUCAAGCCUAAGUCGAACAGGGUGUGGGUGGAGCGAAUCUACAACGAGCGUCCCGAAAGCUCCCGCUUCAGCCCGCGCGCGGAGAACCGAGCGUCCUCGCCGAUCGAUAUGACGAGGCGCCCGAGCGGGGAGAGACCUCCAUCGCCUCGCGGUGGCCGCGACAAAGGCGGCAUGGUGUGCAAACCGCCCAGGUCUGCCUCGUCCAUGUUCCAGACGGCCGGGGAAGCUCGCUGCUACCAGAGUCCCAACCGCAACGCUAGCUACAUGGAAGCCGAACGGAUCGCCAAGCAGAUUGCCCAGCAGAUCGCGCCGCAGAUCAUCGCCGCCCGCCAGAAGGAACCCAUGCAGGAGAAACAGCGAAGCGGACAAUCGUCCGUAGUGCAGAACAUGAUCUCGAACGCUCGACAGCACCACCAGCAGCUUCAGCAGCAACAACAGCAACAGCAGCAACAGCAACAUCAACAGUACCAACAACAGAUUCUCCAGCCCCGCCGGUCACAGCACCGACAGUCACCGUUCCGCAGGGACGAAGAGACGUCCCGCUACGAGAACAGAAACAUGUACACGACCAAUGGUCGCUACACCGUCAGGUCCCAGCAGUCCCUGGAGCGACUGAGCAACGCACAAGGCAGCCGCCUCCUGACAGAGAGCAAGGUGUCCCGCUACGGUACGGCAGCUGCUGGCGUCACGUCCUCGCUGAGCCAGAGCCUCCCGCAACGCUACUCGGGAGGCGGCUACCGCCAAGGCGGCGGCGGCGGCAGCGGACCACCGAGGCGGUCCGCCACGAUGUCCGCCGUGAGCCGCAACUUGCAGAUGUCGCCGCAGCAGCAGCAGCCGCAGCACUUGCAGUCACGCGGCAGCCCUUUGUGCGGCAGGCAGAGCCCGCCAGCUCGGUACAUCCUGCCCAUCCAGCUGCAGGUGACCGGUCAGCCGAGCCGAGUGGCUGCUGCUGGUGCCGGCGGGUACAACCAGUCGCCGCGCGGCGGCUCGCGUGUUUCCCCGGGGCUGUCCGGAAGCCGCUCCAAGAUCACCAUGAUGCAGCAGCAACAGCGCCAAGAGCAGCGCUCGAGCGUCGUCAUGCGCAACAUCGAGCAGGACUCGUCGAGCCCGCCCCGCAUGACGCCCAACAACUCCUGCCACGGGGACAAGAAGAGGGCCUUCUACAAACGGGCGUACCGACUACGAAUCCCAGCCCAAGAGAAGCAGGUGCUGACGUACGCGCUGGUCGCGCUGGUGGCCCUCAUCAGCAUCAUCCUUGUCAUCAACACGCUCGGCAAGAAGCGCGUCGGCGUCGAGUGACCGCCGAGCGCGCAGUUCGCGGACACACCGUCCGAGACGCACGCGGUCGACUCGGCGCUCGUCUUCGAAGCGUUUCGAAGCUUUUUUUCCCCAACAGGCGGCGCUUGGCCGCACUCAACUCUCGGGCCUCGAAAGAGCAUGACGUGCCCGACUACAGGAAAACGUGGAGCACUGAUCGUGAAGGCUUGUCUCCCGUCUUCGCCGAGCAAAAUAAAAACCAGGGAAAAACAUUCGCGAAGUAAA